AUGUUGGGACGCACACAAUUGAGCGGGCGCAGAAACUCUAAAGGAUGGAUGAUAACACUACUUAUUAUUAUUUGUUUUUUUGUUAAGGUACACUACUUUAAGAAUACAAAUCAGGCGAGCAAGAAUUAUUACUACCUUGCUGUGUUCAGAAAAAAUGGAAACAUCCUAUUCCCACGCCAAAAGUGUGCAAAACUUGUCAAUAAACACUAUAACCUUGGGAGGCAAGUCAGAGCAGAUACAACCAUAUACACAAAUGGAAACACAUACACAGAUACAAAUGAAAAUGUGAUCCAUAGCAGGAGAAAGGAUUUUUCCAUUUUCAUCACGCACCUUAACUUUAACUUAACGGGUCGUCGCGACAUAAAUGAAAGUACAAAGAAACGAUUCAGCUGGGGAAGGAGGGUCCCAUUUUUCUCCCCAUUGAAAUGCACAAAUGGAAAGUUUAAACUUGGUCUUUUCCGCUCGACACUGAAGGGAAGUGAGAAGGACAAGGGGCAGGACAAAGGGCAGCAUAAUGAGGAGAGAACCCAGCAUGAUAACGUCCAAAUGGAAAAGAACAAAGGUGGUGAUCGAGAUGAUGAAUUGAUGGGUAGGACAAUCCAGUCGAGUUGGAAUCGUCUCAAAUCAGAUGAGCCACACAUGUGGGAGAACUCAAAUGAUGAAGUGAAAAUAAGUGCAAAUGUAGAAGAAAAAAAAAAUAAAAUAAAAAAUAACAAUAAUGGUAAUACCAAUAAUAACACCAAUAAUAACACCAAUAAUAACAACAAUAGUAACACCAAUAAUAACAACAAUAAUAACAACAAUAAUAACAACAAUAAUAGAGUAAAAAAUUUCAAAUUUACAUCGUGGAAUAACACCAACGAAAUAAACAGCUUCGACAUAGCCAAGUAUAAUAUGCAUAACGAAUCAGUAAAUAGCGAAAAUUUUUCUCAGAAUUAUCAAUCGGCUCACUAUUCAAUAAAGAAGAAAACUUCAAAUGGUUCAAAUGGGAUUCGUCCGAAUGUAAAAAUAAAUCAAGAAUUAGUGAAUGCUCUAUCUGUUGAAGAAUUAUUUAACGUUAUUAACAAAUAUUCUGAAUACACUACAAGUGAUAAGGAAAAAAUAAAAAUUUUCAAUGAAGUAAACAUAGUAACUGCUUACCAUCGUGUAGCAAAACAUGUUAAAAAUAAAAAUUAUUCCUUGAACACUCUUAGGAAUACAGGUCAAGGAGGAGAAACACCAAGUAGCGAUUUUGAUCCCAUAACCUUCAGCUUGCUGGAAACCUACUCUCCUCUGACAGCAGAACAAAGAGAGAAAACAAAGAGAAUGAAAGACGCUGAAGACACGAAAGAAAUGAAAGACGAUGAAGACACAAAUAAUAUACCGUUUGAAGAAUCCAGAGGUGACAAAUGCCCGGAGAUGAAGACACUACAAAUUGAAGAUGCAGAAACGCAGGAUGAGGCGGAUCAACCCCCGUGCAAUAAUCACGAGAAACUUCUAACAAGACAAACGUACAGAAGUAUCUACUCAUUAUUGAAAGAAAAUUUGAUUAAAAAUAAAUCAAUAAUUCCAAAGCAUGUUGCAAAUAUUUCAUGGGCAUCAGCCAUCUUGUCAAAUAGGGAAGCGGAUAUAUGGGAAAAUAUAAAAAAAAGAUUUUAUGAAAAUUUGAUAAAUUUCAAAGCACAAGAAAUUUCCAUUAUCUUAUGGUCUUUCAGUGUAAUUAAACAAGAACUCAUUAAAACAAAAGAUGAAUUCAUACUAGUGUACGAAUUAUUGACAAAACAUUUAAAGGAAAAUAAAUUUAAUGCACAAGAAUUUAGCAAUGUCAUAUGGUCAGUUGCUAUUUCCAAUUAUUGCAAUUAUGAUUUAUUAAUAAGUUUAUAUAACUAUGCAUUGGGCAUAUUUGAUAAAUUGCAAUUAAAAGAUAUAUCCACUAUUCUAUAUAGUUUAUCACGAUUUGCAUCUGAUUCUUCCAAUCAUGAUAUUUUAGAUGUAAUCAAGAAUAGACACUUUAACAAAUUUGAUUUAAAAGGAGACUAUCUAACAAUUAAUAAACCAAGUCCAAAUAAAACCACGGUAGAGAAAAAUGUAUUUCACAAAAAAUUUACCUUUUUAGAUAUAACUAAUAAGAACUCAGAUUCCACUCUCACCACUGAAAAUAUAUGCACAGAUAAUCAAAAGGGGAGUCAUAAAAAAUAUGCUGCCUUUCUGCUUUUUGAAAAUUUCCUCCUAUAUUCUUUCAAAAGAAUUUCAAAUGAAAGACAAAAAAUGACUAUGCGAAUUUGGUCUAGCAUCUUCUGGCCUUGUGCAAAUAUAGGUUUGGGUCUCUAUAGAGAUCUUCCAACUCAUCACUCCCUCAGAUACUACCAAUGCACUGGUGUUAGCGAGGAGAAUAUAGGUGAGCCUAGAAGUGAGGAAACCAUUCAUUGUUGCAAUUUUCAGGAACCGACAGAGGUCAAUCUGAAUCAUUGCAUACCCAUAAAGGCAGACGACGCCCAGGAGAAAAAUUCAAAUUUUGAGAUGAAUCAAAAUGAAGAGAAACACACCGAGGAAGAGAAUUUAUCAUUCUACUGUAAGCCAUAUGUUCAUAUAAUCGAUGGACAGUACGUCUUUCCACUGAUGAGAUAUUCACAUAAAGAGAAAUACAUUGGGUUGAAACAGAAACAAGAUAUAACGAAAUUUGGCAUAAAUGUACAGCUAGACAUAUACAAUCUGAAGGAAAAUAAGGUGAAUUACAUUUCCCCACAGGUAAAUAAUAUGAGAAGGACACAGGAGGGUAACACGUUCGUUGCCUUGGAUGAUCAAAAUGGAAAUCAAAAUAGUGCAUUGAUUAGGAGUAGGCUAGAAGAGGAAGAAAAAAAUAACAGAAAUAAUAAUAAUGGAAAAAAUAAUAAUAGUAAUAAUUACUCUCUCGUCGAUUUGAACAACGGAGUCUUCUUGAGGGGUAUUCCAAAGGAGGAACAAAAAAGUAACACAAAAACAGGUGAAGAAAAUAAAACGAUUAAUGAAGUUAAACAUGUGUAUGGUAUACCAAGUGAUGAUGAAUCAUGCGUAAGUGUUAAUAGGAUGAAGAACGCUGAGGAAAACCCCACGGAGAGCAGCAACUCGAACGGGACGCAAAUGGAUGAGAAAAAUUACGAGAAAUUUAUGAAAGAAUUGAAUGACAAAAGAAAAAACGAAGAUCUUGCAUCAUUAUAUAAUGACACAAAUAACAGUGUAGUAGUUCUAAAAUUAGUAGAAUUAUUUGAAUCUCAGUUGAAAGAAAAAACUAUAAAAUGGACAAAGUGUGAAAUUCAAUCGAUAGCUAAUAUAUUAUGGAGCCUAUCCAUUUUGAACAUAUUUACAAAUACCAUAUUUGAAAACGGUUUAUACGAAUGUAAUAAAAGAUUUAUAAAAUAUGGUAAAAAAAAAAACUCCACUAAGUUACAAUUUUUCAUAUCUCAAAUUCAUCAGUCUCAGCUAUACCAAGCGUCCUUUUCAUACUGUUUAUAUCUUAUGAGAAAUAAUCAAAAAAAAUCCACACAAAUAUCCAGAACUUGUGAACAUAUAAUGGUGCAUAAUGCUCAUAUGAAUAACACUGCACACUUAAAAAGAAAAAUACAACACACUUUUGAAAAAUAUUUUAAAGUUUCUGUAAACACAUUAAAUAUAUGGAAAAAACAGCUAGCCAGAAAUCAAAGAAAAGAAGAAAAAAAUCAAAUUUCAUCAUCUGUACAUAAAAAAAUCUCUAAUGAUUUGAAGCACUUAAACAUAUUUCACUACAAUGAGUAUUUUAUUUUGGAUUCCAUUCUUGUGGAUAUAUACAUACCCCAUUCAAAGGUUGUUAUAGAAAUAGAUGGACCCAGUCACUUUUUUCAAAAAGGAAAAUUAAUUCUUUACAACCCAAAUUCCCUUUUCAAGAAAAGAUUAUUGAGAGCACUUGGUUUUUCAAUAAUUUCUAUUUCGAUUAGCGACCACACAUUUAUGUUUAGUGCCUUGAAUACGUUAAAUUUUGUAAAGAAGUUAUUGAGCAAUGUGAAUUUCAACAGAAAUAGUUAA